GAGAGAAUGAAUGCGGAAUGGAGAGUGGCGAGAGAAGUAACGAGAUGGUGGUACAAGUAUGGCCGAGUCAAAUGACGAGACCGAACCUCGCACAGAUUCUGCCUCACCCCGGCGGCCCCCAACGUUGCUAGGGCAUAUAUACGCCGAUCACCCGCGCCUACAGCCUUUCCCUUCUUUCUCUAUCCGCGCAACGCCCACCUUCCUUCCCCCCUGCCCUUCGUCUAUUACGACAGUCCACUCCCUCAUCUGUAACUACACACGAUGUUCAGCCUCCUCCGUCUAGUAGGGCUCGGCAUCGUCGCCUUCCUCUCCAUUAUCGUCCUGGGUAUAUCUGCCAACGUCAACUUCGGUCUGGGUAUCGCAACCGCCGUCCUUACAAUCAUUUCUGUCAUUCCUGUUCUCGCAAUCGACUUCUUCCGCAAGGGCGUGUUCACAUCAUGGACGUCUGUUGAGCUCGGUUUGGUUGGCCUGCUAUGGGUUCUCUGGCUCGCUACCGGUGCUGACGCGGCUUCGCUCGCCUCUGCAGGCUGCGAUGCUUUUUGCGAGGGCUUCUUCUGCUACGGUUACAGUGCCAGUACGUGCUCGCAAGUACGCGCCAUCGCCGCGUUCGGCUUCAUCGGUUUCUUCAUCCUCCUCGCCCUCUGGGUUUGGACGCUCGUCAUCGGGGUCCGCGCACACAACGUCGGCGACACACGUAUCUGGAUGACCCCCGCAUACGAGUACUCUCCGGGACCGAAAAUGUACCCAGGGGGGGCCCAGAUGACGUCGACGAUGCCAAACUACAACCCGCAGGUGUAGGAGGCCUCUGCUGAAACGGCAUGAUACCCGUAUAUAUGCACAACUUAUUUCGUACAAUGCAGUAGAUGGACGGUUUCUUGCUGGUUGGGUACUUAUUCUCGCACUCUAAAUCUCGCCGGCUUAUGUGCUACGAACUAAUGAAAACGGGUUUCUGUUCGCAUACCAUCGUCUGUCGUUGAACCGCACGAAGAUAAUGCGCAUAUAUGUCGUUU